AUGGCACCCUCAGCUCCAUCAUCGGCGCUGAACGGCGUUGUCAUUGGAUUGCUUUCAUCCUUUGGUUCCGCCGUCCUUAUCGCUCUCAUCUUCCUCGUCAUCUACUUCUUCAGAUACACGGCCAGUGGUCGCAUCUUUCUCGAUCGCAUCGGCCGACCAGGCGAAUACGACGAUGAGCAGGCUUUUGCCCGGGAGGAGGCCGAGGCUCUCGAGUCUAUGGACGAUAUGCAGAAGACCGAGUACCUCAGGGCAAAAGCAUUCAUCCAAGCGAACCCCCCCGAAUCCGUUCAAACCGACAUUUCUCUAUCGCAAUACCUUGCCAUUCAAGAAAAGGGUGUUUCUGCUUGGGAAUUUGAACCCGAGCUGGAAAUCGCAAACUGUUUCGUCGAAGGCCGCACCGAGAUUGAGUUCUUCGACUCUGAAUGCACCGUCAUGAGCAACUUGCCUGUGCCCAAGCAAAACGAGGUCUACUACUGGGAAGCCAAGAUCUACGAUAAGCCCGAAAAUACCCUCCUCAGCAUCGGCAUGGCUACCAAACCGUACCCGUUGUUCAGACUACCAGGUAUAUCGCAUUCCAGCCCCUCGCUGCAACCGCAUGACGCUAACCAUCCAGGCUUCCACAAACAUUCCGUAGCAUACCUGUCAGCAGGCCAGCGCCGUUGCAACCAGCCAUUUGCCGCAACCCCCUACGGACCUCAGUUCGUUCAGGGCGAUGUUAUCGGUGUUGGUUAUCGUCCCCGAACGGGCACCAUUUUCUUCACCCGCAAUGGUAAGAAGUUGGAAGAUGCCGUUCACGGUGUAAAGUCGCAAAAUUUCUUCCCUGCCAUCGGUGCCAACGGGCCCUGCAUCGUCCACGUCAACUUUGGCCAGGCCGGCUUCGUCUUCAUCGAGGCCAACGUGAAGAAAUGGGGUCUUGCCCCCAUGACGGGCAGCCUGGCACCGCCGCCACCGUAUGGCUCCGAACAGGGCGAUAUCCUGCUCGAAGCUGGACGCAAGGACGGGUACACAGGCACCAGCGGCGGCGGCGGACAACAGCAGCGCGGGCACUCUCAGACACAGUCCUACUCGCAAAGUGGCUUGGGACCUCAACAUGGGCGGACGAGAAGCGGAAACUUCAGAGUACUUCCACCGAGGAGCCCCGGUCCCGUAAGAAGCCCGACUGACAUCUCCCUGACGCACUUUGUGUCCGACGAUGAGGGCGGCGAGCCAAGCAGCAGCAUCAAUCGCGGGCACGAAGGGCAAAGCGUCGUAGGGCUUGGGCUUCAAGACGCCUUGAACCCGCCACCCGAGUACACGAGCCCCGACCACUCGGAGGCCGGCAGCCGUCGGAACAGCACAGACAGCGAAAAUACGCCGUUGAUCCGCGUUCUUAAUCGGAGUCGAGGCGCCUCUGCAGCCGCUGCGGCCGGACCAUCGCACCCACCGAUACCUAGCUACACCGAUGCGGUGAGAGCCGGCGCGGGGCGGGAGGGGAAUAGCACUCCGCGAUCCAGCAAUCUACGCGGCAACCGGUCGAGGUCUCAGAGCGCGCAAUGA